AUGUCGUUCAAUGCAGGACAAAACCCGGCUACAUCUAAAGCGGUAAAUCCAUCGAAUACCUCAACCGCUUCUGCAACAUUUCAUUCGACAGCUCCGACCGACAACAGCUUCCAACGACGUACAGGGGGCUCUGGGGCCCUUGGCGCAGGUUUAUCAGCCAGGAGCCUCGGUGCGGCAAGGAAUAACCAGGCUCGGAAGAGUCAGCAUAAGCGACAGAGGAAACCCCAAUUGUUGGAUGAUGACCAGUAUAGUGAAUCGGCCGUGAUGAGAUCAACAAACAGUCGCAAGGGACAAACGUCCAUCACCCAUCUGAUGAACUUUUCUUUGCCACCCCGUCCGCAAUAUCAACCACCGCCGCGCAAUGCUCGGCGCUACACGUCAUGGGGAGCAGGAUCUGGAUAUCAUGCGGUAGACAAGGCGCGCUACGUCCAUGCCAAUUACCGAUUCAUUGUCUCGCCGGAACAAAAUUACCAUGCCCAGGCAGCUAAUGCUGACGUCCAUCUGGACUGGGCUUCGGUACUUCAGGUACUGGUCUCCGCUCAAACCCAGGCUGCCAGCUGUCCAAUUUGCCUGUCUACGCCGGUUGCGCCACGAAUGGCUCGAUGUGGUCAUAUAUUUUGUCUUCCCUGUCUGAUUCGUUACAUGCACUCGUCCGACGACGACAACCACCACCACCACGUCCCGGAGAAAAAGCCUCGAUGGAAGAAAUGUCCGAUCUGCUGGGACUCAAUCUACUCGUCAGAAACUCGACCUGUUAGAUGGUUCCGCGGUCAAGAGGGCGAUCUUCCCGUCGAAGGCGGAGAUGUGGUUUUAAGACUUGUCAAGCGAGAGCCUGGCAGUACUCUUGCUCUUCCGCGCGACGGCGCCGAGACACUCAAUGCUGGCGACGAUGUUCCGUGGUUCCAUGUAGCGGAGGUUGCUGAUUACUCUCGAAUCAUGAAGGGAGGGCAAGACUACAUGGUAUCUCAGUACGAGGCUGAGAUUGAAGACCUUCGCAGACAGGAAAUCGAAGAUGAGCUCUUGUUUGGCGAUGAGAACACCUGGACGCGGAAGGCGAUCAGUACGAUCAAUGAGGCCAAAGAGAAGGUACAGGGGAUUGGGAACCCACCCGACAUCUCUCGCCAGUCUGCCGCAAACAAGCCGGUCCGAGAACCAGCAACGGAGCCCGAUGCUUCUGCAUCUGCUUCAUCCGAAAGCGUGGAUCCCUCCGGUAACGGGUCUUCCGCUGAAUCCGCAGCUGCAUCUGGCCCGGAUAUCACACAACCUCUGACGGAUACAGCAUCAGCCCCAAAUACGUCAGAUGAAGCGGAGCAUCUAUCAGAGGCCAUGGGCAAUAUUCAAAUCAACACGAAGUCCCAAUCCAAGCCACAGCAAAAUAACAGGGGCAAGGAAGCUCAGGGAGCACACCCGUCUGAUCAGCCGUAUUACUUCUAUCAGGCAUUGCCUCAGUUCUAUCUAUCCCCUCUCGACAUUCGCAUUCUCAAGGCAGCAUUUGGCGACUACGCUCUUUUCCCUGCUACCAUCCUACCCCGAGUAGAGCAUAUCUCCACUGGCCACAUGGUUGAUGAUGAGCUUCGCAAGCGUGUCAAAUACCUGGGGCAUCUGCCCUAUGGCUGUGAGGUCAACUUCCUCGAAUGUGACUGGAGGGAUGUUGUUGUGCCGGAAGUAUUGAACCGUUUCCGCUCCGAGACAGAGAAGAGGCGGAAGCGUAACCGGGACAAGGAAGCCCGCGAAGAGAAAGAUCGCAUUCGCGCGGAGAAAAAAGAGGACGAAGAACGUUGGGCUGCUGCACGCCGCAAGCGACCAAGUUUUGGGAGUGCUAGCGAAGCGCCGUUCUCUGCCCAUGACUUCCAGCCACUGGCCAACAAUGGCGAGCUGUCGCAAUUCGACAGCGGCAUGUCUUCUGCGUCGCCUCCUCGCGCUGCCUCCCAAUUUGGGGCAUUGGCAUCCCCCCUUCUACUAGCCCACCGGGUGGUCGCACUGUUUGGGGAACCACUGCGAUACCGUCGCUAUCUCCGGCCUUGGAGCCUCAAAGUGCAGUUCCCAAUGAUGGCUGGUUACAGGGCUGGGAGGACGAGCUACUGGCUCGGCAGGAGUCUGAAAUCAUUGCACAGACUGCUCAUGAAAGCCAGCAACCUGGACCCCCGCCUUCACAAAGCGCAGAUGCUCAUCACAGCGUGGGAGGUCUCUAUGCCUUGA